GAGAGAGAGAGAGAGAGAAUGGCUACCUUCUUCUCCAUUACAGCUAUACUCGGAAUAGUUCUCCUUGCCGUUACUUCUGCCGUUAACUCCUGCCCGCCGUCAGAUAGGGCAGCUCUUCUGGCCUUCAAAGCAGCUCUGCAGGAACCCUACUUGGGCAUCUUCAACUCAUGGACGGGCAUCGACUGUUGCCACAACUGGUACGGCGUUAGUUGCGACCCAAUGACUCGCCGAGUCGCCGACAUCACUCUCCGGGGUGAAUCCGAAGACCCCAUCUUCGAAAAAGCACACCGGGCCGGUUACAUGACCGGCUAUAUCUCUCCGGCGAUCUGUAAACUGACCCGUCUCUCAAGCAUCAUCAUCGCCGACUGGAAGGGAAUCUCCGGGACUAUUCCACCUUGCAUUACAAGCUUACCAUUUCUCCGAAUCUUUGACUUGAUCGGAAACAAAAUCUCCGGCGAAAUCCCAUCCGAUAUCGGCCGACUGAGUCGACUUACUGUGCUGAACCUUGCCGACAAUUACAUUUCCGGUACAAUCCCACGUUCAUUAACUAACCUCUCUUCGUUAAUGCACUUAGAUCUCCGAAACAACCGAAUCUCUGGCACACUUCCACGAAAUUUCGGGAAGCUUCGAAUGCUGAGUCGGGCUUUACUGAGUCGAAACCAGCUUAACGGAGAGAUACCCAGUUCAAUAUCUUACAUAUAUCGCCUUUCCGAUUUGGAUCUCUCUCUGAAUCAACUUUCCGGCGAAAUUCCGGCUUCUCUGGGUAAAAUGGCUGUUCUCGCUACGUUAAAUCUUGACGGUAACAAAAUUUCCGGUUCUAUUCCUCCGUCAUUGAUUGAUUCGACGAUUAGUAUACUGAAUCUGAGUCGAAAUGGGAUUGAAGGUGUUAUACCAGAUGUUUUCGGGCCGAAAUCGUAUUUUAUGGUGAUGGAUUUGUCGUAUAAUAGUUUGAGAGGACAGUUACCCAAGACAACCUCGUUGGCGUCGUUUAUCGGCCACCUUGAUGUGAGCCACAACCACCUCUGUGGACCGAUUCCGGUUGGUUCGCCAUUCGAUCAUCUUGAGGCGUCGUCGUUUGUUUACAAUGACUGUCUUUGUGGGAAGCCACUCAGCGCUUGUUAGACUAUUAUAGGCUUCGAGCUGAUCAAAGUAUGGAUUGAGAAAAUUACACUUAAUCCCCCUCAAUGAUAUCCCUUGUUCCACAUGUUCCCUAAAGUAUCAAAAUUUUCAUAUUGCAUCUUAAAUUAUUGCUCUGAGUUUUACG